CAACAUCGGAAAUCAGCAUCAUCGUGCCCCAGCCUCCACCCCAGGGAAGGGGCACUGAGCUCUGUCUGAAGAACACCCAAGACAGAAGUUGCCCAGAAACGGGCAAGUCGACCCCAGCAUGGGCAUGAAUAGCUUGAAAGUGCUGAAAUAUGUGGUAUUUUUCUUCAACCUACUGUUCUGGGUCUGUGGCUGCACAAUUUUGGGCUUCGGGAUUUACUUCCUAAUCAAAAAUAGCUUUGGAGCCCUGUUCUACAGCCUUCCCUCACUCACUGUGGGCAAUGUCCUCAUCAUCGUGGGAUCUAUCAUCAUGGUGGUUGCCUUCCUGGGGUGCAUGGGCUCAAUUAAGGAAAACAAGUGCCUUCUCAUGUCGUUCUUUAUCCUUCUCCUGAUCAUCCUUUUGACUGAAGUGAUCAUGGCCAUCCUGCUCUUUGUGUAUGAACAUAAGAUAGAUGAUUAUGUGGCGGAUGACCUGAGCCACAGUAUCCAGCGCUACAACUCUGAUAACAGCACCAAGAUGGCAUGGGAUGCAAUCCAGGAGUAUCUAGACUGCUGUGGUGUAAACAACACAAAUGACUGGAAUGGCCACCCCCCAAAAUCUUGUCCCAAAGAUCCAAAGACUCAGGGAUGCUACAUGAAAGCUAAAGCGUGGUUCCAUUCAAAUUUCCUGUAUAUUGGAAUCCUUAUCAUCAGUGUAUGUGUCAUCCAGGUGCUGGGCAUGUCCUUUGCAUUGACCUUGAACUGCCAGAUUGACAAAAAUAGCCAGUCUCUUGGGAUAUGAGCUGAGCUCUCCGGGUUGGAGAGAGGGACACCACAACCAUGGAAGAAACAGGCUUCAUCGCUGGAAACCCUUUCCUAACUCCUACUUGUGGACAUCAGUCCCGGAAUGGUCACUUUCCUGAAUCGGCUGCUUAGCUCUCCUGCUGCCUUUUCUCUUGACCUUGUUCUGCCUCGUCCUCUAACCCAAGUAGCUGGUGAGGCAAGUGUUGGAGGUCAAUGAGAAUAAAGCUCUCAUUCCUCCAACCCACAACCCUCAAGGUAGUGACCCAAGAACCAAUACCUAGGAGAGCUUUGCAGAUGCUGAAGGCCAAGAGAAACUCUGGAGCUAACAGUUCAAGUUGAGUCAUUUGUUCAACAUUUCAAGACAAUCUUCACUUAUUGGUUCAAGUAUAUAUUAAGCACUGACCAUGUUUUAGACAUUGUGCUAGGCACUGGGGGUACAAAGUUUCAAAGCAUCACUAGGGUGUAAAUUGCCUGGCCCUACUCUAAGCAGAAGAAAAACGGGGAGUCUGAAAUGUCCCAGGCUUUCUCCAUCUUUCUCCCAAAUACCCCUCUUCCUUCAGUACCACUCAGCCUGUCCCAACCAGCCCCCAAAUACCCAUUAACCCUCACACCCAGGCCACCUUACCUAGGGUAAAAAUUCAAGAUGUCCAAUGCAAGAAUCCCUCUCUUAGCUAUGCAAACCCAGGCAAAGACAGUCUGAGCAAUGUUCCAGCCCCAAAUUCACCAGAUCUUCCCCUUUGACCAGAGGGCCUUAGCUGAAAAGGAAGAUGCUGUGGGCUCUUAUUAGAGAGGAGUCUUUGCUUAUGCUUGGCACCCUAUUUUUACACAACCACACCAAUUUCCCAAAAUUCUUCUGGAAUCAUGCGUUUGUUGUUUGAUUAUACUCUCACCAACCAGCCUAUCAGUCCUUCUGUAGUCCUUUAGCAGAAAACAAGAAAUUCAGUGGCGUGCCUACCUGGGGUGCAGACUCCAUAAACCCUGCUAGAGUAAUGUCAGGUAUUACAUCAAGAAAUGAUUUGUUGAUAUUUCUAUGUUUUGUCUAUUAACCAAGGAUUUCUCCAUGUGUUUUCCCCACUGCAAUAAAUUAAACAUU